UAUAUGCCUCGUUCGAAGGAUCAGAAUGGAAACUUCCCCGAGAAGGAUGAAGAUAGGCAAGUGGCCAAGUCUCUCAGGGAGCUGAACACAGAUGAAGUCUGCCGGUGGUUUACCAGCAUCGGGCUGCAGAAAUGUCUCCCUUUCAUCCGAGAGGCAAAACUGUCAGGAGCAGAAAUUGCUUCAGUAGACGUGAAAACGUUGGACAUCCUCCAGAUCGUCUCACUGGAGGAGAGGGAGCAGUUGCUGUCAGCCAUUUACAACGAGCUCCACCCUCCCAGCACCGCCUCCCAGACACUCGACUCUUUGCUGGAAUCCGAAGGACCAAAUAACGUGGAGACGUUCACCGCCACACUGGUGUCAAUGACCAAGUCCAAAUCCUCUCCUCAUGUGAGCUGCCUGAGUAUGAAUCGACGCUCCCUCAAACUCAGAAACAACAGUCAGAGGAACUGUCAACUGGUAGAGAUCACCAUCAAUGCUUCAGAGCGGAUAGUACAUCUAAGAACGCCAAAGGAAACCACAGUGGGAAAAGUCAUGGAGUCCUGCUUUAAAAUGCUGGGAGUGACCGAAGACAAGAGUCUGUUCACACUGAAAGAAAACCAAGGUUCGUCAGAGGAGCUCCCGUCGGAUCAACAGAUUGGAGCGUUAUUGUCAUCAUCUUCAUCACCGUCAUCAUCACUGUCAUCAGAGAGCAGACAGCUGGAGCUGCACUUGUGUAGAAUGGACAAACCAGCAAAUGGUCCAGACGCCAAGAGCUCCACUCAAAACGACAACAUGAACAAAAACAUCCAGGGGAACCAACCAGCGAAAGAAGAGCGGAUACGAGAACUGAAUCAGCAGGUGGAUUCACUACAGAACGCCAUCCUGCAGAUCCAGGAGCUGCACCACGGCCUGGUAGCUUUCUGUUCUGAGCUAAAGAAUUCAGAUGGUGAUGAGAAUCUGGACCAGCUUGGAUCUGCUGAGCUCAAACAGAGGCUGGAGCUGGUGAACCAUCGACUGAAUGACAAGAGGCAGAGCCUGCAGACCCUCAGAGACAACAUCAACAACUUCACUGCUCACAAAAAAAAACAGCUGGAGGUUCGUCUUCUGGAAAAGAUGAAGUUGAACUGCCAAGUGUUUAAGGAGGAGAUUAGCAUCGUGCAUCUCAACCGACAUGCGGUCCACCUCCAGAACGCUCUGCAGGACAGCUAUGUGAAGGAGAAAGCUGAAAGAAAGACUUUGGCCAUCGGCAGCCUGAGCCAGCUGGUAUCACCGCAGUCCCCCGCCAUGCUGCUGGUGGUACAAGAGAACCAGAACCCCGAUGGCCAUUACGGCUUCACGUGUAGCCAGAGAGGAGGCAGCGGAUUAGUCGUCGUCAAGGUGGACGACUCUCACCUCUGCGUGGAUGACAGGCUAGUGGAGGUGAAUGGCGUGCCAGUUGUCAACUCCACACUGGAGGAGCUCACAGACAUCUUGCUGAGGGGACCGGGCGCUCAGAUCGUAGUCCUCCGUCAGCCUCCGCCCACCUUCACCUCUGCUGUGGUCCCACAGCACACCAUCUGUCCAGGUCCCAUGCAAACAAACGGGCCGGAAGGAAAUCCAGACACCACAGAAACUACACCGCAACGUAAGGUGAUGGCAAUCUGAUAACACCAUGAGGAGGAGUCAAGAGAUAAC